GAAAGAACACACACAGUCACACUCUCCCCUAAACACAAUCCCGAGUCAUCUCAGCACAACCACAUCGUUGUCAUCGAAAACUCCGAUUCACCACCACCAGCCACCAUGCAAGCUCUGAACCCCACCACCUUCCGCCCCUCUCCCCUCGAGCCCCUCCGCAAGCCGCAAAUCUCCACCGGGAACAAUGCCAAAACCCCCGCUAAGAGGCUCCCCUUCAAGGUCUCCGCAUCCGCCGUCACGGCGGCGCCGCCCAAGCGCGAGACGGACCCGAAGAAACGCGUCGUGAUCACCGGCAUGGGCCUGGUCUCGGUUUUCGGCAACGAUGUGGACGCCUACUACGAGAAGCUGCUGAGUGGUGUGAGCGGCAUCACCCCCAUUGACAGAUUCGAUGUGUCCAAGUUCCCCACGCGCUUCGGUGGCCAGAUUCGUGGGUUCAAAUCUGAGGGUUACAUUGAUGGCAAAAAUGACCGGAGAUUGGAUGAUUGCUUGAGGUACUGCAUUGUUGCCGGCAAAAAAGCGAUCGAGGAUGCAGAUCUCGGCGGCGACAAGCUUAAUACGAUUGACAAGACCCGAGCUGGUGUUCUGGUCGGUACAGGAAUGGGCGGUCUAACGGUUUUCUCCGACGGUGUUCAGGCUCUAAUAGAGAAAGGCCACAGAAAAAUAACUCCGUUUUUCAUACCUUAUGCUAUAACAAACAUGGGGUCCGCCUUGCUUGCGAUUGAUCUCGGAUUAAUGGGCCCCAACUAUUCGAUUUCAACCGCUUGUGCUACCUCAAACUAUUGUUUCUAUGCUGCUGCCAAUCAUAUCCGUAGAGGUGAAGCUGAUCUUAUGGUUGCCGGUGGAACUGAAGCCGCCAUUAUUCCGAUUGGUUUGGGUGGUUUUGUUGCGUGCAGAGCUUUGUCUCAAAGAAACGACGACCCACAAACUGCUUCUAGGCCAUGGGACAAAGAGAGAGAUGGUUUUGUUAUGGGUGAAGGUGCUGGAGUCUUGGUGAUGGAAAGUUUGGAACAUGCAAUGAAGCGAGGGGCACCGAUAAUUGCAGAGUAUUUGGGAGGUGCUAUAAAUUGCGAUGCUUAUCAUAUGACAGAUCCGAGAGCUGAUGGGCUUGGUGUUUCUUCGUGUAUCCAUGCUGCACUUGAAGAUGCUGGUGUUUCGCCCGAGGAGGUGAACUACAUAAAUGCCCAUGCAACUUCCACCAUAGUAGGUGACUUAGCAGAGCUAAAUGCUAUUAAGAAGGUAUUCAAGAGCCCGAAAGAGAUCAAAAUAAACGCAACUAAGUCAAUGAUAGGGCACUGUCUUGGUGCGGCUGGUGGUUUAGAAGCCAUUGCAACGGUGAAAGCAAUCACAACGGGCUGGCUUCAUCCUACCAUUAAUCAAUUCAAUCCAGAGCCCUCUGUGGAGUUUGACACCGUUGCAAACACAAAACAGCAGCAUGAAAUCAACGUUGGCAUCUCAAAUUCCUUUGGAUUUGGCGGUCACAACUCUGUUGUCGCGUUUUCUGCAUUCAAGCCUUGAUCAUGUUCGUAACGAGUGGUUUAUAGCAAGAGCAAUCUUGCUAAUUAGAGUGCUUAAAGAAGCAGAUCUUUAUUAGUGUUUUUUCCUUUUCUUUUUUUAAUAUCAUUGACUUCUUAAGCAUUUUCGAUAUCGAGUUAAGUUGUUUAGAGUGUUAAAUUUUGAGUAAGCUUUUAGUACAUUUUAUUCGAACUACUGCUGCUUGUUUUGGAGUGCGCGAAAGCGUACGUUUUUGCUUCAUUCUUGCUCGCAGCAGUUUUACUAGUAUUCGAGUAUGUAGUUUCGGCUUCAUACCCGUUUAUUGUUUUUUUUUUUUUUUUUUUUUUUGGCUUAUAAUUUGUUGUUGGUUGUUUCAAAAAAUAGGUUCGUACUUUCACUUUCUGUAAAAUAAAGUUGUUUUUACUUUUAUUUCUCCC